UUUGACAUUUAAUUUUCGGAACCAAGAGCGAAGAAGAAAAGGCCAUCUGGAAACUCCCCUGUCAAGCUGACAGCGUGUGAAAUGGGAGAAAUGGAAUAAAUUCAGGGCGUGAAAGUGGAAUACAAACUCUGCGAAAUGGACAAAUUAAUCAGGGCGAGCCAUUUCUUGCAUUUCAUGUGGAAUAUUCAGCAGGACUCGCAAAUAAUUGACAACAGAGUGUUGGCUGUUGCACACAUGUUUGAUAUGUAAACCGCGGGUCGUGCAAACAAUAGUGUCAACAUACGAUAUUGCACCCCACGAUUUGAGGACUAUUAGGGCACAUAUUGACAUAGGUAUCCCCCCCCAAACCCCGGAACAAGGUGGUUCUGGAUGGAGACAGCCUGCGGGUGCCGGGGCCCACGAGACGCACGGGAAUCCAGUGGAGCAAACUUGGUAUCGGACUCGGUAUCGGUACCGCCAUCAUCAGCCGCUUUGGCCACCGGUUGCCAUUCACAACCGCAGCUUCAACAACGGCAGCCACAUCAACAACAUGGCCAUAAAGCAACAGAGCCCAGCGAGCUGUAAUUCAUGGUUACAACUACCCAACAAACUGCUGAUAUUGGUGGUGAACACAGAUACACACCCAUCUCAAAAGUACCGCCAUGAAUGAGACAGAGUGCGACGAUCUCAUCAAAUCUGUGAAAUGGACGGAACCAGCCAAUCUGAUCUCCCUGGCCGUACUCGAGUUUAUCAACGUUCUGGUCAUCGGUGGCAACUGCCUUGUGAUUGCCGCCGUCUUCUGUUCGAAUAAGUUGCGCAGCGUGACGAACUUCUUUAUCGUUAACCUGGCCGUGGCCGACCUUCUGGUGGGUCUGGCGGUGCUACCCUUCUCGGCCACCUGGGAGGUCUUCAAGGUUUGGAUUUUCGGCGAUCUCUGGUGCCGCAUUUGGCUGGCCGUCGAUGUCUGGAUGUGCACGGCAUCGAUCCUGAAUCUGUGUGCCAUAUCCCUGGACCGCUAUGUGGCGGUCACGCGACCCGUCACCUACCCAAGCAUCAUGUCCACGAAGAAGGCCAAGUCCUUAAUCGCCGGCAUUUGGGUACUAUCAUUUUUUAUUUGCUUUCCGCCGCUAGUCGGCUGGAAGGAUCAAAAGGCGGUCAUACAGCCGACCUAUCCAAAGGGAAACCAUACGCUUUACUACACCACCACGAUGUCAAGCUCGGAGGAUGGUCAACUAGGCUUAGAUAGCAUUAAGGAACAGGAUGAGGCCUCGGUGCCUCCGCCGCAUAUGGGCAAUGGCAACGCGUACAAUCCCUACGAUCCUGACUUCGCCCCCAUCGAUGGAUCCGCGGAGAUACGGAUUGCCGCCAUGGGCUCGACCAGUACGAGUAGUAGUACAACCAGCAGGUCUACGACGACGGAAACGGAAAUGGAUCUCGAUCUGCUGAACUCACCGCCGCAGAACAGACCCCAGACCAUUUCCGGCAGCUGUCCUUGGAAGUGCGAGCUGACCAACGAUCGGGGCUAUGUUUUGUCCGCCCUGGGCUCCUUCUAUAUACCCAUGUUCGUGAUCUUUCUUCUAUGGCGCAUCUAUAGGGCCGCCGUCAGAACCACCCGAGCCAUCAAUCAGGGCUUCAAGACCACCAAGGGUUCCAAGGGCAUCGGUUCGCGCUUCGAGGAGCAGCGUUUGACACUCCGAAUCCAUCGAGGAAGAGGCUCCAACCAGCAGGACUCCAUGCACAGCAACGGGAGCACCCAGAGCACCACCACCACCCUGGGCACCCCCUCACCCGAGAGGCUAUCCAAAUACGCCACUCGACGACUGCAUCACCACGACAAGAUCAAGAUCUCUGUGUCCUAUCCCUCCAGCGAGAACAUCAACGAGCUGGCCGGGCACGGGGGGGGUCACGAGCGGCGGCCAUCGGGCAAUGCCCUCUUUGCCGUCCACUACAAUGGAGCAAAUGGUCGGGAGUCCACCGAAUCCCAUCUCUACCGGCAACAGCAGCACGGAGGAGCCAGCUCCUGCUACCUACAGGUGGGCAAGGGUCUGCCGGAGUUGGCCAGGCGGCAGAGCAACACCAGCGAGGCUGGCGGAUCGGGACACUCGCGUCCGGCCAACAAGAAGAUGGGCAGGAGGAACAUCAAGGCCCAGGUGAAGCGAUUCCGCAUGGAGACCAAGGCGGCCAAGACGCUGGCCAUCAUCGUAGGGAUGUUCAUCUUCUGCUGGUGCCCCUUUUUCACCAUGUACAUCAUCCGGCCAUUCUGCCAGGACUGCGUGGAUCCGCUGCUCUUCUCGGUGCUCUUCUGGCUGGGCUACUGCAACUCGGCCGUGAAUCCCAUGAUCUAUGCCCUGUUCUCCAAGGACUUCCGCUUCGCCUUCAAGCGGAUAAUUUGCCGGUGCUUCUGCUCCCGGCAGUCCGUCUCGCUGAAGAGUUCCCGCCGUGGAUCCGACAUGUCGGCCAUCCGUAUCCGGGCCAGGACACCUAGCAUCACGCCCAGUGCGGCGGCCCACAGUUUUGGGGAUGAGAGUGAACUCCACCACUCCGAGAUGAGUAACGAUCCCAGGUGACGAUCGUUUGGGCCCAGCUCGAGCUCACAGAGUAGCUUGGGCGGGUUGCGCAAGACGAGUCUGAAGGUGCCCGUCUACGAGAUUUGCCAUCCGCUGGUGAUGGAGACGGCCUGCUACUCCUAUGUGGAGGCCACCACCGAGGGAUCCGCCUCCUCCUCCUUGGUCGGUGGAGGCGGCGGAGGGGGCGUGGCCAAGCGGACGCAAUUGUAGCCGCGGGAGCUGUUGGCGCUGCGGGGAACGGGAUCGGGAUCGGGAUUGGGGGCGAUUCCCUUGCCGGGGCAGCGGCCAAGACGCGUGGUUCGCAUCGAGUACAGCGAUGCCAGGGUAUAGAAUUUGGUAGUUAAGAUGCACUGAGGAAAAAUACAAAUGAGAUUAGGGGGGACUGCCUAUUGCAGAAAAAUUUGCCAUUUUAAAUGGAGAUUAAUGAAAGAUCUUUAUUCAAGCAAGUGACAUUAAACAUCUUUAAUGAUCUUAUUCAGUAUUUUUAUGAAUACAUUUAAAUCUGCAUAAAUACAGAUUAAAAGAUAAUUAUUAAAGAAGGGUUUAUUCUCACUUUUGAAGGCGAGUGAAAAUUCCGCGUAUUUCAGAACUAGUUAAAAUAAAUUAGUAACUUAUCCCAUUUAAGAACAUAUUUAAUGGAAAUUUUAUGAAGAUUUCUAAUAUUCCCUGUUACUUAAUAUUUUUAUGACUAGUUAAAUUUAAUAAAAUCAAAAUGAUUUAUUUCAAAGACUGUUUAUAACAGAACAAAGUUAACAAUUAAUAAUAUUCUUAAUGUAUACAGAAUUCCUUUUUUGCGAAGCAAGUCAACUUAAGUAUGUAUGAAAUAUCAGCAGAUAUAGUACUCUUUACUUAUUGCUCUUACUUAAAAAUCUCAACGUUUACAAUUUUCAUAUUUAAAUACAGAGUUUUAAUGAAUGCUCUUCCUGGUUCAAGAUAUUGUACUUCAGAACCAGUUUAAAUCCUUUUCCUUAGUGUAGACCCCAGUCACAUAAAAGCUGAAAUGGCAGCUUAACUGGCAACCGAGCAAUCCUUUGACUUGAAAGGAAGCAGGAUGGACAGGAUGCAACCGCUCCGCCUGCGGAUUUGGUCUUGCUUUGAGCAACUGCCUCCGUAAGCCAGCCAUUGUGCAUUGUACAUAGUUAUCAGGGGAAGCCUGCUCCGACCCACAUUCUAACCUAAGAUGGCCAAGUGGCGACGAGUUGUUAUAUAUAUUAGUUAGCUAGGAUAUCACUGGCACUUGAGAGUUGUACCUUUUAACUUCCGCAUGAAUAUUGAUAUCUGGUUGUUACCAACUAAGCAGAAACCAAAUUGUUGCUAAACGCAAAUAAAACAUUACCCAGUGCUAAAAAACUUGUAACUAGUAAAGUGUUAAUGUUGUAAUCUUUAGGCCCGAAGAGAAUAUUCUGAGAUAUAUCUGUGUCAUGAAUACCCUACAUGUUAAAUGCAAUAAACGAACCCUUUGCCUACCGAAAACCUAAUGUACGCAUAAUGGCAUAUGCAUAUACUAUACCAAUAUACGAUCCUCAAGUUAAACGUUUUGUGUGCUACAAAUAAAGGAAGUUUCAUUUAUUCGGCAACUUAAA